CAGAUCGAUAGUUAGCGAUUAUCUGAUUUGUCACUAUCUCCGAGAAUCCAAUUGAUUCGUAUAUAGCUCCGUAUAUGGCCUAAUCUGGGGAAGUCCUGACUCCUGAGGCACCGUCGCUAUCACCGGGGGUUGACCGCUGAUAAGCGGCCCCGAUGAUCUCCCCUCCCGUUUCACCUCCCUCCCCCCUCGUCGCCAAUUCUGUGAAUUGCUGCUAGCUCUCUAAUUGUGAAUAACCUGGACUCAAUUGACAGAUCGAUAUAUAGCACAAUUAGCCACAACCAUGUCUGAAGUCACAGUGGACAAUGUCGCCGAAAUCCUCCUGAACGACUCCGCCGUGAAGGUGGCUGGUGUCGACGUCGACGGCCAGCUGCGCGGCAAGCUGAUGGCUAAGAAAAAGUUCCUCUCCGUUGUCACUGAGGGAUUCGGGUUCUGUUCCGUGAUCUUUGGCUGGGAUAUGCACGACCAGACAUACUUCAAGGAGCUGGGGAUUAGCAACAGCGAGAACGGUUAUCGGGAUAUUGUUGCGGUGCCGGAUCUGAGCAGCUUCCGGAGGAUUCCUUGGGAGAACAAUGUGCCGUUCUUUCUGGUUAGCUUCUAUGACCCGGACACGCGCGCGCCGCUGUUCGCUUGUCCUAGGGGCUUGUUGAGUACAGCUGCCAGCAAGGCUGAGAAGGCCGGGUAUCAAGCUAUGGCGGGUGCGGAGUACGAAUUCUACCAGUUCCGGGCCCCAGGGAACCAUCCCACUCCCGAGCGCAAUGCGUCGUCGACAGCCACCUUCCUCAAGGAGAACCCCGUCGAAGCGCUUCCCCCAUUGACCGAAGGCAUGUUUGGGUAUAGUAUAACGCGGCCGAUUCACAACCAGGAUUACUAUUACGGUGUUUUCAACGCGUGCGAGAGCUUCAGAUGUGAGAUCGAGGGAUGGCAUACUGAGAGUGGACCUGGUGUUUAUGAGGCUGCACUGCAAUUUGGAGAAGCGAAAGAGAUGGCAGACAAAGCUGGUUUGUUCAAGUAUGUUGUUAAGGCGAUCGGCACCAAGCAUGGCAUCACCCCCGCCUUCAUGGCCAAACCUCGUCAAGGUUUGCCUGGAAAUAGCGGCCACAUUCAUAUCUCGUUGAUGAAGGACGGAAAAAAUGCUUUCUUCCGCGACACACCCGACCCGUCGCCGCCGUACGCAGACGUGGCGCAUCUAUCGGACCUGGGGCGACACUUCCUGGCUGGAGUUCUCACCGGACUUCCGGACAUUAUGCCACUGUUCGCCCCCACGGUAAACUCCUACAAGCGUCUGGUUGAAAAUUUCUGGGCUCCGGUGACAGUGUCCUGGGGUUUGGAACACCGAGCAGCGUCCGUUCGAGUCAUCACACCGCCCACGGCUAGUCCCAAGGCUACUCGGUUAGAGGUGCGGGUACCCGGGGCGGAUUGCAACCCACAUCUUGCCCUGGCGGCGAUUGUCGCAUUGGGAUGGAAGGGUGUGGAGAAGAAGCUGGAGAUCCCGGUCCCACCAUUGUCCAAGGGCGAAGAUAUGGGUGGUGCUAGCGACCAAGGUGUUCGACUAGCUAAAUCGCUCAAGGAGGCUACCGUUCGGUUUAUGGAGAAGGACAGUAUGGCGCGCGAGGUGUUUGGGGAUGCAUUUGUUGAGCAUUUCGGAGGGACUCGGGAGCAUGAAGUACGCUUAUGGGAGGAGGCUGUUACUGAUUGGGAGGUGAGACGUUAUAUCGAAACGGUUUAGUCGUAAGGACCGCGAGGAUAUGUAUAUAGUCGGAACGAAUAAUGAGCUCGUGAUUCAAUGUCCAUGUUCUAGACCAUACCACUGUAGCCAGACAGCUCCGGCUGUACAUAUUACUUGCUUGUGAGAUCACAUGUCUACCGGCCGAUAUCGAUGUACUCCGGAAUACUCUAUGCCCAUAUCCCCAUAUCCCCC